ACACUAUUCCAUUCGUUGUCGAAUGAUUUUUAGAAUUCAUCAUAUAAAAUAAUUUCAGUUUACUGUCUUUAAUUGUUAUGGUUCGUUUUUUUGUUAUUAAAUGGCAACAUCAUUUUUAGUAUUUUAGAAUGGUGUUUUGCUAAAGUAACUAAUAGUAGUAUUUAAUUUUUUAAAAAAAAUUUGGUCGAUUUUAUAUAUUAAAUAAAAUUAGUUAUAGAUAGUCUAAUACGAAAGUCUAAGCAAAUAACGCAUACUCCAUUCGCUUCAAUUUAUUUGUCGUUUUAGGUUUAUACACACAGAUUAAAAAAAUAUUUAAUUUUGCAUAUUUCCAAAAUAAAAAUAUAAGUAUCUAUACACCUAAUCAUAUUUCAACCAAUAAAAAAAUAAAAUAAAAAAUAUUAUUAUUAAAUUUUGCAAUUAAAACAUAAAAAGACAUUUAAAAUGAAAAAACAAAAUGCUAAAAUGACAAAUAAUAUAAAACAGAAAGAAUAUUUAAUUAGUUUGUAUGCCAUUGCAAUUUACAAUUGUAAUUAUAACAAAUUGUAACUUAUUAUUUGAUUUGUUACGGAUUACAUCGACUAGUUAUAAAUUAUUAUUUUAUAUUAUUAAAAAUUCAGUGAUUUAAAAAUUUAAAAACUUCAGUAUGUAUGAUUAGUUGAAAGAUUUUAAAAUAAAAAAAUUAACAAUAUUUAGUCGAAAAUGACAGUCUUAAGUUUUAGUGACUUUGAGAAUCAGUAUUUUAUUCUUUUUAUUUAUUUAUCUAUUUAUGUUGAUAAAAAUUGAAAGUUUGACUCAUGUUUUUAAGGCCCAAAUGAUAAUCCAUACAAUCUUUUUUAGAAGAGUAUAACAAACACUAACAAACCCCCUUUGUAGUAUGUUAGUGUUUAACUCAACCUGUGGGUUAACAACUAACCAGAGUGAAUACGUCAUAUGACAGCUAAUAUAUGUAUCUUUAUUAUUUAAUGGGUACGAGUCUCACUCAUUUCCAAAGCGUCUCCCAUAAAUAACCGUCGUGCUUCAUUCAAUAAAACAAAUCAUUUCUCUACACUUCUUCUUAAUACUCCUCCUAAAAUACAGGCGAAAUUACACAAAAAAAGGUUAGCCAAUUUCGCAAUAUUAUUUAUUUCUCCUCUCAAUAAUAUUUUGUCGGCGAUUUUCAUUUUUAUCGCAUUGUUUUACAAUUCGUUUAGUUUAACCCUAAAUCUAGGGGGAAAACAUAGUUUUCAAUUUUGCGAAAUAAGGGUCUAUACUUUCGAAAACUUCGAUUUCUGACCCCAAACUUCUUCUUCGGUCACCAUCUAUCACAAACCCAAACCUCGACAGAGAGGAAAUGGCGGGUCAAGGUUUUGCGAAACGGCCCUAGCUUUUUCGAUUUUGUAUUUCCCGCUUAAAAAAAUUCGCCAUGGAAUCGUAAUCGUAAGCUAACGAUUCCUAGGGUUUCAGUUUCUCUCUUUUUUUUUUGUUACUGUUUAUGUAUAAAAUGGGAUCUAUGAAUGGCUGUAGGAUUCGCUCUUCGUCGUCGUCGUCGUCGAUGGCUGGAUGGUCGACGGCACCAGACGCCGCCGUCAAAACUCCGAAGAGCUUCGACCUGAACAAGUCUCCCGAAGCAGUCUCCGACUCCGAUCCGGCGUUCGACGAGCUCGUCUCCUCGUUCCGACGCUUGCUCGAAUCGUUCGUCGUCGAGUUCUGUCCUCCGCCUCCGGCGACCGUCGAUCUCUUCCGCCUCUUCGUCGGCGUGAGUCACAGAGGCGGGUUCAAAGCCGUUACGGAGAAUGCUGCGUGGGAGGAGGUCGGGAGCGAGUGUGGAUUAGGUUUAUCUGCGAAAUUGAUCUAUGUUAAGUACCUCGCCGCGCUUGCGCGGUGGUUGAACAGAGGUGAUGGUGGUGGCGUGGAGCUGCCUGGAGUAUCGGAUGAUCUGAUUGGGAGGUUUGGGGAUUUUGUGGCUCAGGUGAAGAGGAAGUAUGAGUUGAUGAGGGAAGGUUUGGUUUCAAGAGAGGUGGGAGGAGAGUUUAAAUGGUUUAUAUCGAAAGCUAGGAGAAGAUUUGAUGAUAAGAAGGUGUUUCUUGAUUCUGGUUCUUCUUCCCCUGGGAAGAGGAAACGGGAGUGUUCUUUAGAGACGUUGAAGUGGUUAAGCGAGGCUGCUAAGGAUCCAUGUGAUGUGUCUAUUGGUUCUUUGCCGGAUAGAUCAAAGUGGGAUUGUUAUGGAAGUGAAGAGCCGUGGAAAGAGCUUCUUCUGUUUAGAGCUUCGAGAACGAACUCUGAUUUGGCUUGUGAAAAGAUUUGGCAGAAAAUCCAGAAGAUGCAUCCGUCGCUGUAUCAAGAUAGUGCUGGGACUAGUUAUAAUCUAAGAGAGAGACUCAGUUUCGAGAGGGGUCAGUUUAAUGAGAGGAAAGCUAGGAUAUCUUUUGAGGAUGGCUCGGGUUCAGAGGGUUCAGAAGAGGAGGAUGAUGAAUCAGGUGGUCUAGUUGGUCCAGAGUUUCAAGCUGAAGUACCUGAGUGGACUGGGAUCAUCACUGAAAGCGAUCCAAAGUGGCUAGGCACUCUGAUCUGGCCACUUAACAAAGAACAAAACAACAAAAAUAACCUUCUUAUCGAAAGAGAUCCUAUUGGAAAAGGAAGACAAGAUGCUUCCUGUGGCUGCCAAAAUCCAGGCUCUGUUGGUUGUGUCAGAUUCCAUAUCAAGGCAAAACAGGAGAAACUGAAACUCGAACUUGGUUCAGCUUUCUACAUGUGGUGUUUCGAUACAAUGGGGGAAGGUAAUCUGCAGUAUUGGACAGAGUUGGAACUGAAGAAGGUGAUGUCUUUGAUGCCUUCUCCGCCUACGCUAAUCCCGUCUUUCUUCGAUGAGCUCAGGAGUGUUCUUCCUUCAAAGAGCAGAGGAAAGAUCGUGAGCUACUUCUACAACGUGACCCUUUUGCAGUUUAGAGCAAAUCAGAGUAGAAUGACUCCUUAUGAGAUUGACAGUGAUACUGAUACACAGUACAGGAUUGCAACAGCGAGCGAAGAUCCAAACCUGGAAGCAAACUCAUCACAGAAACCUGUCCUGCUUACACCUAAGAAAAAAAGGCGUCGAUAGAGAGGUAGUAGCCUUGAUGAAUCUCAAUCUCACCCUGUUGGGUUUUAAGUGGGAGCAGCCAUUGAAAGUGCUUAUAAACUUCGGGGGAGAAAGGGUUCUGUUCAUCAGUUACGUCAGCUCAGCAAAUUCUGAUUUUGGUAUUUGAGGUAAAUACUUUCAUGAUCACUCCACUCUUUUGAUGAUUCUAUAGGAGUAUUUUUUUUUUUUGGGUUGGCAUUGCCAUUAAAAGGACUGAUGAAUCAGAGAGACGAGGUUUCUCCAAAACAAGUACAGUAAAAUUUCGGAUUAUUUUGGUGAAUAUAACAGAGGCAAAAUGUUAUUGCUAUUUGUUUUGUUUGCUCUUCGUUUGUUUGUUUCUAAAGGAAAGUAGGAAAUGAGUUUAUACAUCA